UGCUCGCCACUUUUGUUAUCAGGAUUAAAUUAUACACAAUUGCUGAAUUAUACAUUUAAACAUUUAUAUUCACGUAGAUUUUCAAUUUUCUACCAUAAUCCUCUAGACAACAGAUUUUUCUUACAAAGAAUUUGUAAUCCAGUGUUUUUCCUCUUCUGCUCUUCAAGUUUUCACAGUAGCCAUGCCUGUAGGAGAAGCAUUUUUGUCAGCUUUCCUUCAAGUUUUGUUUGACAGGCUGGCCUCAAAGAAUGUUAUAGAGGUUAUUCUUGCAGGAGACAAAAGCAAAAUCCUAAAGAAAUUUCAGAAGACUUUGCUGCUCCUCAAAGCAGUACUUAAUGAUGCAGAAGACAACCAUUUAAAGAAUGAGGCUGUGAGAAUGUGGCUAGUUGAGCUUAAAGAUGUUGCUUUUGAUGCAGAAGAUGUUCUAGAUAGGUUUGCUACUGAAGUAUUGAAGAGGAGGUUGGAAUCGAUGUCUCAAUCUCAGGUUCAAACCACCUUUGCUCAUGUAUGGAAUCUUUUCCCAACUUCUCUCAGCUCAAGUAUGGAAUCUAACAUGAAGGCGAUCACUGAGAGACUGGCGACUCUUGCAAAUGAAAGGCAUGAGCUUGGUUUAAGUGAGGUUGCUGCUGGAUGUUCAUACAAAAUCAAUGAAACAAGUUCCAUGGUGAACGAGUCCUAUAUUCAUGGCAGAGAUAAUGACAAAAAGAAGAUUAUCCAGUUCCUGAUGGAGAAUAGGCCAAGUCAUGGUGAUGAAGUCUUGGUCAUUCCCAUUGUGGGAAUGCCAGGGAUUGGGAAAACUACAUUGGCUCAGGUUGUGUUCAAUGAUGACGAGGUGAAUACGCACUUUGAACUCAAGGCAUGGGUAUCUGUACCUUAUGAUUUUGAUGUCAAGGUUGUAACUAGAAAAAUUCUAGAGUCAGUCACUUGCGUAACCUGUGAUUUCAAUAACUUACAUCAGCUUCAAGUUAAACUCAGAGCAGUCUUGAGUGGCAAGAAGUUUCUGAUUGUUCUGGAUGACGUUUGGAACAAGAAUUACAAUGAAUGGAUUAAGCUGGUAGCUCCAUUCAGAGGAGCUGCACGGGGAAGCUCAGUUAUUGUAACAACAAGGAGUGCAGAAGUUGCCAACAUGAUGGGAACUGUUGAAUCUCACCAUGUCAACCAAUUGUCUGAUAAGGACUGUUGGUCAGUGUUUGUGCAGCAUGCUUUUAGGAGUAAAACUAUUGAUGCAAAUCAAGCUUUUGCAGAAAUUGGUAAUGUUAGCAAAGUUGAUAGAUGCAUUUAAAUGUUUG